CAAGAAAAAAAACCAAAAACCCACAAGAAAAAGAGGGAGAAAUUGUACAUGCUCACAGUCUCAGUACAAAAAUAAGCAAGUGGGCAUCUGCAAUUUCUUGAUCUAGAGGUACUCCAUUGAGCCUCUUAGCAAUCUUUUGGAUCUCUCCUGCAAACAUACAGUCAUGUGCUUGGCUGUGUCCAUUUGCAAGAAUCCCUGAACUCUGACGAAUUACUCUCCCACCUUCCGAAAGGCCUCAGAUUAACCGCGGUAACGAAGUACUGUUUCGCGUGUUUAACCUUGUGGGGAUCAAGAAAUUGCAAAAUGCUAUGUGACAAUGUGACGCGAGCAUGUUUCUGGCGGUAAGAGAUGGAACGGCGACUUAUCAUGAGAUUAUCUUACUUACCAGAUAAUUAUUGAACUCUCCUAGGAAAUCAUAUAAGAUAGAAAGGUUUGGUUUCUGAGGACAAGGAUGCUCUGGAGAGGUGCUAAGGAGCGAGCACUGUGCAUAGCCGCAGAGUGAGGUUUCUUUAAGGAAGCAAAUGUGUCUUCUCGAGUCCAGAAGUCAGCUACAUUUAUCUUCACCACACGUCCAGUCCCAAGGUUCAAUGAUUAGGCUUACUGAAGUAGCGAAGCCAAAGCCAUGUCAACUUCAGUAGCAUCAAUAGCUGCAGUUUCUGCCGGGGCACUUGCAUUGGUGGCUGUACUAGUUGGACUCGUUUGGUUUUGCAUGUCAAAGCUGAACACGUUAGCUAACAGGAAUUCCGAGACGGGAUCUUCUGAUCCAUCUGCAUUGGUCGAAUGGAAUAGGGGAGGCGCGUCCGGUUCAGGAGCAGCUCCGCCCCAAUCCGGGCCCCAGGGAGCGAGGCAGUUUACAAUGCAAGAGUUGGAGCUAGCAACUAGGCAGUUCGAUGAGAGCAAUCUCAUUGGACAUGGAAGUUUCGGUUCCGUCUAUAAAGGUUUACUUCGCGAUGGAACUGUUGUCGCCAUCAAAAGGCGCACAGGUGUGCUUCAACCAGAAUUUGUCACGGAGGUAUCAUAUUUGUCGGAGAUUCGCCACCGUAAUUUAGUCACUCUCUUGGGCUACUGCCUUGAAAAUGGGUGUCAGAUGUUAGUCUUCGAAUACCUACCAAAUGGCAGCAUGUGCAACCAUCUUUAUGACACAGGACAAGAAUCUUCGACGAAGUUGGAGUUCAAGCAGAGGAUCUCCAUUGCUCUUGGGGCUGCUAAAGGCUUAUGCCAUUUGCAUAGCCUUAGACCUCCUUUGGUGCACAAGAACUUCAAAACGGCUAAUGUCUUGGUCGACGAGAAUUUCAUAGCUAAAGUCUCAGAUGCAGGGCUCACGGAACUUCUCGAAAAGAUAAAGAUAGAAGAAGCAGGUCCAUCUCGCCCAUCUGUCAGUGUUUUCCAAGAUCCAGAGGCAGGAGCAUCGGGUGGUUUCUCUGAGAUGAGCGAUGCAUAUAGCUUCGGAGUAUUUCUUUUGGAGCUAGUUACUGGAGAAGCGAUUCCGAACAUGAUAUCGUCAGGACAUGAAAGCUUAAUCCAGUGGGUGGAGUCCCGGGAAAGCUUGAUAAACCUUGUGGACCCUCGGCUAGCUGGAACUUUCACGAUGGAUGGAAUGGGGGACUUGAUGAGGCUAACAUUGUCAUGCAUAACUCCCCCGCGCCACAGGCGACCGAAGAUGGACACAAUUGUGGGGGAGCUCGAGAGGAUUUGGGAGAAAGAGAUGGCUUUGACGACAGUCAUGGGCGAGGGAACUUCUAUAAUUACUCCGGGCAGUGAGUUGUUUAAGUCGUAACGAUCCAGGAUUGUUAAAAUAUGUGCUAUAGGUGUCCAUUAAGAGAGAGCAAAGCUGUAAACUUAAUGGACCCGGCUAUUAGAAGCUGUAGGACGGUAGCGAGCAAUUUACAUUGCGUGCGUCUGCGUGUGCUUCUGCGUGUGUGUGGAUCAGCGGGAUAUUGGAGCCAAACCAAACAUCGUGAAUUGAUUGUAUUUGAUGAAACAUUUUCCAGAAGGAAGAUCAAUUUAGAGCA